AUGGCGUGCAAUGUCGCUAUCUUCGGAGCGACUUGUUCUCCGGCGCAGUCACAGUAUGUGAAAAACCUGAAUGCAACGGAGAAUGAGCGAGAAUUCCCUAAGGCGGCAGCGGCUAUCAAGGAGAAGCACUACGUCGAUGAUUACCUCGACAGUGUCGACACUGAAGAAGAGGCCGUAAAAUUGGCGUUGGAAGUAGCUGAAGUUCACCGAAAAGCAGGUUUUCGUAUACGCAACUGGGUUUCAAAUCGACCAUCAGUCCUGGAAGCCAUCGGUGAAGUGCGCCCCGCUGAGGUGAAGGACCUUACAAUGAACAGCCAUAGCGGGUUGGAACGCGUUCUUGGUCUAUCCUGGCUGACGACCGAGGAUGUGUUCUGCUUUAAGUUUAAUCUGCAAGAUGAUCUGAAGUCGCUCGUAAAAGGGAACAUAGUGCCGACGAAAAGAAUGAUGCUGAGCUUUGUGAUGAAAAUCUACGACCCCUUGGGGCUGGUCGGUUCACUAGUAAUCCAAGGAAAGAUCCUGUUGCAGGACAAGCAUUGGUUGCAAGUUCUAAAGGAGCUGGACAACAUCCGAAUUCCCCGAUGCUACUUUCCAGGAUAUGAUCCUGCCUGUUACGAAGACCUGGAGCUUCACAUUUUUGUAGACGGCAGUGAGCAAGCCUACUCUGCAACAGCGUACUUUCGUGUUCGAGAUCAAGGACAAAUUCGAUGCACCCUGGUUUCCUCCAAGACGAAGGUAGCUCCACUACAGCAAACGUCAAUUCCUCGACUGGAGUUGCAGGCAGCUGUAAUUGGUGCCCGCUUACGCAAGACUAUCGAAGAUGGCCACUUGGUACAAGUCAAACGCACGAACUUCUGGAGCGAUUCCAGCACCGUUAUCUCAUGGAUCAAGUCAGAUACUCGCCGAUAUCGCCAGUACGUGGCGUUCAGAGCCAACGAGAUCCUAUCCCUGUCGAAAACCGAUGAACGGCGGUGGCUGGGAACUAAAAUAAACAUCGCUGACGAAUCCACGAAGUGGGGUAAAGGCCCGAACUGCAAGCCCGACAGCCGAUGGAUGCGUGGACCCGCCUUUCUGUACCAGGAAAAUAAGGAUUGGCCGGCGGACAAGUUCACGAUAGCGAAUGAAACUGAAGAAGAGCUGCGACCAGCGUACGUCUGCAGUCAUUUUCUAGCAGUGUCAUUGAUUGAUGUGUCCAGGUUUUCGAAAUACGAGCGAUUGUUACGAAGCAUGGCGUAUGUGCACCGGUUUGCUGGGAAGCUAUUACAGCGUAUUGGGAGGCGACCGAGAAGCGUCGAAAUCGAUAUCAGCCGUGAAGAUCUGCAGAACGCAGAGGAGUGUCUCUGGCGGAUUGCUCAAUCAGAUGGUUACGCGGAUGAAGUGGCUACGAUGAAUCGCAACGUACGAUUAGCACCAGAGAACCGAAAGGCCCUAAGUCGAAGUAGUUCGAUGGCAAGGUUGCCUCCGAUGCUGGACGAUCGCGGUUUGCUGCGCGUUGAUGGUCGCAUUUCCGCGGCAGACUGUGUUCAGUACGAUACGAAGUUUCCGAUAGUCUUGCCCAAAUGUCAUCCGAUCACCAACUUGCUGCUGAGCUGGUAUCAUCGAAAGUUUCGUCACGGCAACAAUGAAACGGUAGCGAACGAAAUACGUCAGAAGUUCUCCAUUCCAAGCUUGAGAGCACGAAUCCGGUCACUGGAAAAGAGCUGUCAGUGGUGUCGAGUGUGCAAAGCAACUCCUGCAAUUCCGAAGAUGACUCCGGUUCCUUGGUUUCAUACCACUCCUUUCGUUCGACCCUUCACCUUUGUAGGUAUCGACUACUUUGGGCCAUAUCUAGUAAAGAUCGGUCGUAGUAGCGUUAAACGCUGGGUAGCGAUCUUCACGUGUCUGACCGUCCGAGCCAUACAUCUGGAGGUAGUACACAGUCUAACAACCGACUCGUGUAAGAAAGCAGUUCGGCGAUUCAUCGCUCGCAGAGGAGCACCGAAAGAGGUGUACACAGACAACGACACGAAUUUCAUAGGCGCCAGCAGAGAGCUCGACGAGGAGUUGAGGAAAAUCAACUUAGCCAUGGGCAGCGCCUUUACGGACACAGAUACUCAGUGGCGGUUCAACCCACCAUCGGCUCCGCAUAUGGGUGGAUGCUGGGAGCGAAUGGUGCGUUCGGUAAAGACGGCGCUAGGAGUGCUGCCUACGUCGCGUAAGCUGAACGACGAAUCGUUCACGACAUUUCUGGCCGAAGCUGAGCAUAUGGUUAAUUCCCGGCCGUUGAUUUACCUACCACUGGAUAGUGCACAGCAGGAAGCGUUAACCCCGAACCACUUCCUGAUGCUCAGCUCUAGUGGAGUUCGCCAGUUAGUCAAACCACCGACGGAUGAGAAGGAAGCGUUGAAGAAUAGUUGGAAACUGAUACAAGAAAGGCUGGAUUCGUUCUGGAGACGUUGGAUUACCGAAUACCUGCCGAUCUUAACUCGGCAGUGCAAAUGGUUCCACGAUGUACCACCGAUCAAAGAAGGAGCUUUGGUGAUGAUAGUCGAUGGAAAAGUACGGAACCUUUGGACUCGUGGUCGAAUUAGUAGAAUCUACCCUGGGAAGGACGGAGUUGCGCGUCGCGCAGAUGUGGAAACGGCGACCGGCAUGCUGAAAGGUAGAGCGGUUUGUAACCUAGCGGUUCUGGAUGUGACCGAUCAUGAGAGAGCGAGUUGUGGAGGGCAAAACAGCGGUGAGCUCGGUGCCACUCGGCACGAGGGGGAGGAUAUUACGGUGGACAGAAACGAAAAAUAA